AUGGAAGAUGUUUCCGUGGUGGAAGAAUCAGAAAUGCAAGAAGAGAGUCAGUUUGUAUUCCAAGGACAGUGCAUGGUUCUCGGGGACUCUCGGGUUGGUAAAACAAGUCUGGUGAAAUCGCUCACCAGAAAGGAAUUUGAUCCAAACCAAACAAACACACAGGGAAUAGAUGAGAGCCUUGUGGACCAGAGGUGGAAAAACUACAACUUGAAGGAACUUGUAUUUGGAGACUUCAGGAGAUUUGCCAAAAUCGAAACUCGCUUAGAUACGCAGUUACUAACACCAGGCAGAGAAGCAACAAGUGCGGUUUACGAGUCUAGGAUAUCUUUAUGUUCGAUUGCAUAUUUUUUGGCAAGUGUUUUUAUAGUUACAGCAGCAAGUAAUAAGGUCAUCGACUGUCACUACACAAUGACCAUAGUUUUUAACUCUAUACAAUUUUUUCCAGUGAUGGCUCAACCUAUUUUGCUGACUCUCUACUGUGCCAGCAAUCAAUUACAUGUUCGGAGUUCCUUAGCUAAGUUUAUUUGCUUUUUCAGCAGCAGAGGAUUAUUAAUAGGCUCACAUCUUCCACUCGCUCUAUGCUACUACUGGGGGAAAUCUUACGUCCGCUUUCUCAACAUUCAUGUGGCACUCUUGACAGCUGCAGCUGUAUUUGCCUUCAUUGGUUGGCUACUGUUAAAGGGACUGUGGAGUAAUGAUUUUCAAUACUUGCAUCACUUUAUACCAGAAAGACUGCUUCAGAAUCAACAUUUUCUAGUUUUUUUGUGUUUUUGCCGUUUACUAUUAUCAAUUGUCGUUGGAUUUUGUUUUGGCUUUGUAGCAGCAUCGUUUCUGACAUCAUUAUUAAAUGACUCGCCAUCAAUAAUUCUUUCUCUUGAUUUUGUGCAAGAAAUUCUUCUUGUUUCCUAUUGUGUGGCUUUUACAGUGUCAUUACCUAUGACAUUAUUACACGUGUUAUUGUUACAGUCAUCAGCAACUGACAGGCUGGAGGACCUAUAUGAACUUAUUACACUGUCCGUCUUUCUAACAUUUCACCAAAUUAAACUAACAUUGACCUCAGCACCUUAUUUUUUUGUAAUACUAUUUCCUGCAUCAAUCUGUUUUGCGUUCUAUGUGGAAUUGUUUGGUCUCCAUUCAAUGUACCCCAACAAGUCCAGGUGCUCAAACAAGUUUGUUAAGCGCAGCGUGGGUCUUUUGUGUCUAGCGUUUGCUAGUAUUGAUCAUAAAAUGCUAAAAAGUGCCCUGAAUGAAAAGUUUUCCUCUCUCAAAUUGAAGAUACUUGACUUUGCUGGAGACAAAGAAUAUUAUGCGUAUCAUCACAUGUUUCUUAAAGGUCAUGCCCUUUACCUCAUAGUAUUAAACAUGGCUGAAUUUGCAAAGAAUGACUUCAAAGAAAUAAAUGCAGGAAUUCAAAGACUUAAGUUUUGGGUUGAGUCUGUCUGUAGCCAUGUCCCUCCCAAAACACCAAUAUUUCUAGUUGGAACUCACAGAGGAACUAUUGACAAAAACUGUACAGAAACAAUCGAUGGCUUCCUGAGAAACAACUUCUGGGAUUUCUACUGUGAUGAACUGAUUGAAAACGACACAGAAGGGUUGGUGUUCUUUCCUGUUGAGAACUCUAAUGGACACAAUGAUCAUGGAAUUCAAUGUCUUCAAAAGAAAAUUGUGGAUGUUGCCAUAAAUUGUAAGGAAACAGUGGGUCAUCACAUUCCUCUGCUGUGGGUCAGAAUGCAGGAUGCAAUCAUCAGCCACAAAGAAAAUAAGGAGGCCCUGUUUUGUGUAAAAUUUGAGCAGCUCAGAAUGGUGUUUAAAAAUCUUUUUACCCUAAACUGGUCAAAAGAUGCUUUUAAGUACUUCCAUGAGCAAGGUUUGGUUAUUUACCUGGACAGAAAUCAGGAUCUUGAUCUGUCUGAUUGGAUACUCCUCAAGCCUGAAAUAUUGGUUGACAUCAUUAUCCUACUUGUCACACCACCACCUGAGAUGACUCAGGAAAGAGGUUUAAGGCGUGACUGGAAUCUCUUGCAAAAAAAGGGACUGUUGACAAAACCACUCCUGAAGAACAUCAUCUCAAAGGUAAAGGAAAGUGUAGAAGCCAUGACUGCAUUUCUUGAGGAAUAUGAUUUGAUCUGCCCCUUGGCAAAUAGUAAGGUAAACAUGUUCAGAGUGUGUGAAGGUAAGGAGCAGCCAACACACUUUGUACCGUCAUUGUUACCAAUGGCCUCAGAAAGGGACACACCCAUAUGGCAUGAUGACAACACUGAUAAGAAGUGUUAUGUAUUCUUCAACAAGUUCCUCCCUGAACCUCUGUUCCACCAUCUGCUAUCUCGUGCUCACAAGCUUAGUAGGGUGGAGUUUCCCAAUGGUCAUACAGUUAUAUUCAGAGAUGCUGGCAGGUUCUGGUUGACUCCCUGGCAACCUUACAGUCUCAAGUUGAUGAAGGAGGAGAAGAUGAUUGAAGUCACAUUCAGAUGUGGGUAAGGCUGGAUAUCCUACUGGUUUAAGCUUAGCUACGUAUGGUAUGUUUGUUUCUAGCAUUUAUUGCUCAAUCAAAGUGUAAAAUUAUGUUUCAAUGGAAAUAUAAGUAUAAAUGAAUUUAUUUUUUGGCCUGUGUAUGAAAAUUAUGUAAGGCAGGAUUAGUGUUAAUUUAAGCACAAUAACUAAUAUUGACAAAAAUACCUGUACACUGGAAUCAGUUACUUUGCUAUUGUCAUCUGUUAUAAAAUGAGUAACUGAUACUGCUGGUCUUUUACUGUUUAGGGAAAGUGAUGAAAAAAGGCCAUCAGAUGUUCUGUGUCAUGUGUUUUCCAUGGUUGAUGGAAUCUGCAAAAGGAAUUUUCCUUUUGUCAGGUUCCACUGUGGCCCGGCCUGCCCCUCACCUAACUGCCCUGGUCACCUACCAAACCAUGUGUCGCUGUCAGUUGGAGAGGAACAAGUACGACGCCAGCAUGUGUUUAAUGUUAUGCCUGGACGGCAGGGAGACAGAAUUCCCUUUAUGUAUUGUGAAGACCAUAAUUUUGAAAGAGAGUUGAAUGAAUGGAUUCCUUAG